CGUGGACCUGGAAUUGCCGAGGAAAAAAAUGUCUGACGAAGCCAGCCACGCACGAGUAAUUCUGAUUUCAGUUUUUUAGUUCGAAUUUUUAUGUCUUAAAUUUAAGUUUUCGGUUCGGUUUGGUUUUGUUGUUUCAAACGUGUGUAAAGAAAAGGUUCGGAGAAACCUGUUAACUCUCACACACACCCACAAUACAAGAAGACAGAAACUGCGUUGAUGACUCUUCGUCUAUCCUCGCAUUUCAGUGGGUUUCAUUUGAUUCAUCCACAAAGUCCGAGACUUUCAUCAAUAUCUCCACUCUCUGUGUCGCUCCCUUCGAUUCCACAUCGAACCCAGUUCCAAAGUUUGGUUCUUUGUGCAAGGAGGAGGAAGAAAAGAGCCGGGCAGGGAAUAAGCGCGAGGAGGUUUCUGUUCAAGUCUCUGUCUUUACUGUCUACUAAACUUGGGAUUCUACCGCAGCCGUUGGAUCUCAUCAUUGCUGAUUUAGGCGGAGGCGUUGAUGGAGGAUGUGGUGGUGGUGGUGGUGGAGGGAGAGGAUGGGGGAGAUUUGAUGGGUGGAGAAGGAAACGGAACAGAGUACCAAUUUUGAUUCUCGUUUGUGUAAUGCUGUGGAUUUGUGGUUACUGCAAAGUCUCUGGGAAGGUGAUAAAGAGUGAUGAGGUUCUGAAGGUUUUAGGAGCUUGCUUGCUUGGUAUCAGUUUGGUGAAAGAGCUGAAGAGAGAGGCUACAUCUUUGUUCUUUGUGUUUCUCUGUUUGAGUGUGGUUUUUGGAUUCAAGAAAGAGAGUUUUGUUAAGUUAGCUUCUCAAGUCAGGUCUUGUUGUUCUUCUUCGGUUCUUCUUAGUAAGAGGAGAUCUCGUAGAAGAGUCUAAACAAGUGUAAGUGACUAAGUGUGUUUGAUUCUAAUAAUAUUCAACCUCCGAGGAUCUUGUUGUUUUCA